GCCCAAGGAGGCGCGACGGCUCCGGGUGGCACUUACAGAAAACAGUCGACUAUGCAUUUUUGCAAUAAGUUCGUACUUAUGAAGUAUGAAUUUUUGCAUGACAAAUUUUUUCAAGAACAACAGAAAUGCGAUUUGUGUUGCUGGAUCAGACAGAGAGUUAAAUUUGUCAUGCAUGAAGACUGCAAUUUUUACCAAGUACGAGUGCGAUAAUUUUGCAAUGAAUAUCGACAGCACUUGGUCUACGACCACCGCUUCAAAACCUGGAUGACGAUGUGGUACAAGGACGGCAUGCAGGUGUAUGACACUGCACAACUCCCCCUCCCCCUCAUUGGUAUAAUUGCAUGAACAGCAACACAAACGCCAGCGACCCUGGAGCCUGUGCAUGACAGAUAUAUCUGUGCCUACUGUAAUACUGUUCGGGCUUUCGAAAUUUGUCAUGCAAACAGUGCCACAGCCACAGGGCAGCGACCGGAUUUGGGAUUUUGCAUGACAAAUGAGGGGAAGGCGGAGUUGUGCACUGUCAUAAAGUAUUCAAGCGGCACGGGGGGAACCGCGCGCGCAGCGAGGGUUUUGAGCGGGCGCGGAUGCGGGCGCUGCUGCUGUACAAGCAGCUGAAAGUGGCCAACAAGCUGGGAAAGCCAAAGCCCGACGUGACUUUCUCCGGCUAUGGCGUUCUCAACUGUUACAUCCUCAGCUGUUACAUGCAUUUGUGAUGCAAGAAUGGCAAAAGUAACAGUAAGUAAUAGAGAGGAUCUUGCGCGUCUUGGAUGACAGAUUUGGCGCCGAUUGUCAGCCUGCUUGGCCCUCUGAGAAUUUGUCAUGCGAAGCAGCUUGAUGGUGUCGCUUCUGAAGGCAAUUUUGCAUGACAAAUCACGCAACAGCUGAGAACGUAACGGUUGAGAACGCCAUACCGGCGUGCGGGGCGUGAUCUGGGACCGCGUCGAGCGCGCCUGGGUUUGCCGGUGGGGCGAGUCUAUGGCCGGCAAAUAUGUCUGGGUCCUCUGAAAGAUUGCGAAUCUUGUAAUGCCUGUCUGGCACGACUGUGAAGUUUGUGAUGCAUGUUGCGAAAGAGCAUACCUCUUUUGUAUUGCAAAAUACGAUUUCUCAUGCGAGUACGCAAGACAGGGCUCGCCAAAAACUUGUCAUGCUACGGGUCCUUUACAAAACCCAGCUUAGCAUGACAACUUUCCAGACCCAGACAUACUUGCAGUCGAUAGAGGCCGGGCUGCAGCGAUGGCACGCCUUCCCCGUCAACGCGGAGACGCCCUUCCAAGAGGCCUACACGCAAGCGGUGCGAAUGCGCCUCCAAGUGCUACAGCGCAACCACCAAUUCGUCAUGCAGCGGACGCGCUGGAAAAACUUGCGGGACUGGCUCGGAACCAACAAAACCUAGGCCCUACUAGAAACCUCCCCUAAGGGGAGAUUUCUGGGAGUACUCAAAUAAUUUCUGGCGCGAAGAUGAACUGGGGCACUACACGCGAGUCCGAAAUUUUCUCUCUCUAGUGCGGUCCUCCUGUUAAUAUGCGACUUUUCUCGCAGUUCAGGAUACUACCAUUGACACUCGGAGCGAAGCCGCAACAGAU